AUGGCCCCCGAAAAGGACCUCGCCACCUCCGGCGACCCGGCGCCGGGCCCGCCUCCCGCACCCGGGCCCGACGCCGAUGUCGAGGCCACAGCCACAGCCACAUCCACACCCGGGCCCGACGCCGACGGCGACGACGCCCUCGCCAUGGUCGGCGCACGCACGCAGCCCUACGACCCGGCCGUCGCCGCCCGCGCCGUCCGCAAGAUCGACCGGUUCCUCGUCCCCGCCAUGGUCUUCGGCUACGGCCUCGUCUACUACGACAAGGCCAUCCUCGGCUCCGCCGUCCUCUUCGGCAUGACCGCCGACCUGCGCCUCUCCGUGCCCGUGCCCGGCGGCGGCGGCGCGGUUCCCCCCGGCCGCACCCUCGGCGCCGUCGUGCUCGUCUGGGCCGCCGCGUGCGCCUCCACCGCCGCCGUCACGGACCACCGCGGCCUCUACGCCCAGCGCUUCGCCCUCGGCUUCGUCGAGAGCGCCGUGCCCACGGGCUUCAUGUGCGUCGUCGCCGGCUACUACACCCAGGCCGAGCAGUCCCUGCGCCAGAGCUGGUGGUUCUCCGCCACCGGCCUCUUCACCGUCCUCGGCGGCGGCCUCAACUACGCCUUCGCCCAGGUGCCCUCCUCCUCCUCCUCCUCCUCGCGCGGCGGCGGCGGCGGCGGCGGGGGAGGAGGAGGAGGAAGAGGAGGCGGUCUCCGCCCCUGGCAGUCCAUCUACAUCCUCGCCGGCUGCCUCACCUUCCUCUUCGGCGUCGCCUGCUUCUUCCUCCCCGCCUCCCCCGUGUCGGCCUGGUUCCUCACGCGCGAGGAGCGCUUCGCCGCCGUCGAGCGCCUGCGCCGCGGCCAGACGGGCGUCCGCUGCGCAAAGUUCAAGCCCCACCAGCUCCGCGAGGCCGUCGCCGACGCCAAGGUCUGGCUCGUCGCGCUGAUGAUGGCCUCGGCCUACACCAUGAACGGCGCCGUCUCGGGCUUCGGCCCCCUCAUCGUCUCGACCUUUGGCUGGUCGCCGCUCGAGGCCAUCCUGCUGCAGUUCCCCCUCGGCGCCGUCUGCUUCGCCGCCAUCCUGCUGACGGGCUACCUCGGCUCCCGCCUGCCCAACGCCCGCGUCGUCAUGCUCGCCGCCUGCUGCCUGCCCGUCAUCGCCGGCUGCGCCCUCGUCUGGCGCGCCGGCUGGUCGCGCCACGCCGCCGCCCCCGUCGUCGGGUACUCCCUCACCGGCUUCUUCGGCGCCGUCGUCAGCCUCGUCAUCUCCCUCGGCAUGUCCAACGUCGCCGGCCACACCAAGAAGAGCUUCGUCGCCGCCACCGUCUUCGUCGCCUACUGCGUCGGCAACAUCGUCGGCCCCCAGCUCGUCCGCUCCCAGAGCAGGGCCCGCCACUACCCGGAGCUGUGGACCGGCCUCAUCGUCUGCUACGUCGUCUGCCUCGUCGCCGCCGCCGCCCUGUACCGCCUCCUCCGCGCCGAGAACCGCCGUCGCGACGCGCUGCCCGUCGACGAGGAGGAGCGCGCCAAGCUGGCCUUCCAGGACCUGACGGACAAGGAGAACCCCUACUUCCGCUACGUGUACUGA